CAGGCAAGUGCCGCGGGCUGAUGUUAAACUACUCGGCGCUGCCUGUCACUUUUCGGCGGGGAAGAUGGGGUAAUUGAAUAAUUCAUUAAAAAAUCGAAAAUAAAUCGGGAAAAAUGGGAAAUAAUCACGAAAAAAUUGGGGAGAAACCUGGGAUGGUGAAGCUGGGUUAUAUUUGUUGGUACUUUGAUGAUUUCUCUCGUUCACCAUGACGUGUGUGACUCCACGCGCAACUGACGUUUGCAGAUACCUCCCAGAUCACGGAAAAUUGGAAGAAUCCAGCUCCAUGAUAAUUUCUCAUCAAGAUCAAUUGUAGUGUCAAAGUGCAGCGUCGCAGUCUCUCAAAGUUAUCACAUAGCUGCCGGUGUCAAAAAUAUGAGACGUCAUUUUUAUUGUCACUUUAAAAGGGGAUCGACGAGUCGUAAUUUCCUAUUGUUAUCAGCUCUCGAAUCUAAUAUUUCUUCAAUCACUGGCAUGAGUGAUAGACAAUCGUCGGAAAAAGGGGAUGAACGAAUCUUCCGAAAUAAUGAUUCGCUUCGCACAUGAAAUAACAAUCAUCACACUUGAUGAAACGAUCUACUUUACACUGGAAAAAGUAUCAGUCCAACGAUGUUCGAAUUCCGAAAUGAAUAGUCGCGCCUAAUUAUGAUGGUUUUGCGUCAAGAAUUCCAGAAGCAAAUGUAAACGAAAAAUAGACCGUUUAACAUAUCAAUGAAUACUAAGACACAUAUCAUAAAAUAAAAAUGCACGUUCCUGGAAACUAUCUUCGUCCAUAUUAUUAAUAAUAAUAAUAAUUAAAGGUAAUAAUAGUAUCGAUAAGAGAAAUGAUAAUUUGAAAGUGAAAACUGAAAAAAAAAAAACAAGAUAAAAUUUCAAUCUCAAUUAGCAUGGAGUUGAGGAAAACAUUUUGGACUAAGCAAUUUUUAUUCGUUCUAUUUUUAUUGAUCGCAUUAUUUUGUAUCGGUUUAAAGUACAACGUCUGUUUUUUGGGUGGGUUAUCGCGAAAAUUAAAUCUUGACAAAUCUCAGAAUGCGGAUUCUUAUUCCGACAUAUUGUUACUGAGGUCGCCCAGUAGAGUAGUAAAUGUUGAAGAAAUUCCGUUGGAUAAUAUUGCAAGCUUAGAUCCUCAUGUAACGAAAGUACAACUGGUUCCUUUGUGGCCAAACAACGAAACACUCAAAGAGAUUAUCGACGUUGCUCCAAAGUACCAAAUACUUCGACAACAAGGACUCAGACCCGAAAGACAAUUGCCCGUUGCUCUCAUCAUCGGUGUCAAGAAAGGGGGGACUAGAGCUCUCCUGGAAUUUCUAAGACUUCAUCCAGACAUAAGAGCGGCCGGAUCCGAAGUCCACUUCUUCGACAGACAUUACUCGAAAGGAUUUCAUUGGUACAGACACCACAUGCCGCCGACUUUAGAGGGCCAGGUGACGAUGGAAAAAACGCCGUCUUAUUUUAUAACUGAAGAAGUACCUCGGCGAGUGCAGCAUAUGAAUCCAGGAACGAAAUUGAUAGUCGUCGUUCGAGAUCCGGUGACGAGAGCGAUAUCAGAUUAUACGCAAGUUAAAAGUAAACGAGUUAGGAUGCCGAAAUUCGAGGAAUUGGCAUUUUUGAACGACACACAAAUCGUAGAUACUUCAUGGGGGCCUUUAAAAAUUGGUGUUUACGCCAGACACCUGGAACACUGGUUACUCUACUUCCCACUUUCCCAGCUACUUUUUGUCAGCGGUGAACGAUUGAUAGCCGAUCCUGUCGUUGAGGUCACGAGGGUCCAGGAUUUCCUUGGUCUAAAACGAGUCAUAUCGGAAAAACAUUUCUACUUCAAUUCGACGAAGGGGUUUCCUUGCCUCUUGAAAUCUGAGGGAAGAUCGAGCCCGCAUUGCUUAGGUAAAACGAAGGGGCGGAGUCACCCUCACAUUGAUCCAGCGGCUAUACAACGAUUAAGGGAUUUUUACCGGCCUUUUAAUCAAAGAUUUUAUCAACUAACCGGGAUGAAUUUCGGCUGGCCAUAACCAGGAACUUAAUUUCAUAACUCGACGAAUUGCGUAAACGUAUUCACAUUCGCAUACGUAGAACAUAUCUUAUAAAUAUAUCGAAAUGGUGGUACCAUCGCUGUGAACGAAAUACUUGACUUUCUCGCACUUUGUUAUUUAUUGUUAACUCACAGCUUCCAUGCACAGUUGAAAAACUGGCGUCAAUUUUCAAUACUCUUUAAUGGCGACUGAUAAGAACUUCAUCCCUCCUAGAGCCUCGUGUGCUGCAGGAGGGUGAAUUCGUUGGUUAUUAAAUUUCUACGCAUCAAUAUAAUUAUACGUGGAAAGCAAUCAACGCAUAGAUUCAUUAGGGUGCGGAUGCGUACUUGGGAUAAUCUUUUCUAUAACGCACAUUUAAUAGGUAAAAAUAUAAUAAUUAUAGAUAAAACGCUGUUUCAAACUACUUCCACGUGACGAUCGAUCGAUGACGUAGUUUUUCACAGCCAAAUGCGACGAUAAACCUGGAACCGUAAAGUUUUUAUAAAAGUUGGAAAAUUUUAUUUCGCAAUAUUGAAAAAAAUUCGUAAAAUCGAUAAUACAAUUGUUAGUAUUUAGAAGUGCACGUAUAAUAAACAGCGGUAAAAUACAGCACGUUGCUUUGCUCAAAUAAAUCAUACGAAUAGACAUUUAAAUAUUAUUAUCCCAUAUUAUAAACUGAAAAGCACUCACGUGCAUAUCUAGAAGUAUACAUAUACAGGCAUACUAUACCUAUUGAAGAUAUGUAUACGCGUAUACAAGUACAAUAAUUUUAAUUGUAAGCCGAGUCAUGAAGAUGAUAUUUGUAGAUGAGAAAUUAUGAUACAAUUACAAUCAAAGUUUAUAAAGACUA